AGGCAGCGGAAGUGGCUCGGGGGCGGGGAGGCUGCGGGAAGGCGGGAUUUUCGCAGGUGCCGCAGGAGGGUGGUUCGCGGGCCUGCCUCCCUCUCUCCUUCCCUCCUGCCUCCUCGCUUCUCUCCCUCGUCGUGUGGGCGAGGCGAGGUCUGGGCUUGGGGAGCACGCGCUCGGCUUUAGGAGAAAGGACCAGUGCUGGCCAGAGAUGAUGACUGGGCACAAUAACUUCUAUAUUGGUCUGAGCUUGGCUCUCACCUCCAGCAUUUUCAUUGGUGCAAGCUUCAUCCUGAAGAAGAAAGGACUUCUUAACAUUGCCAGCAGAGGCUCUGUGAGAGCAGGUCAAGGUGGCCAUGCAUACCUAAAGGAAUGGCUCUGGUGGGCUGGACUGAUCUCCAUGGGGGUUGGAGAAGCUGCCAAUUUUGCUGCGUAUGCUUUUGCCCCAGCCACACUAGUAACGCCCCUGGGUGCACUGAAUGUAUUAGUCAGUUCAAUUUUGUCCUCUUACUUCUUGAAUGAGAAGUUGAACAUUCAUGGGAAGAUUGGUUGUGUGCUAAGUAUUCUUGGCUCAACAAUGAUGGUGAUCCAUGCCCCCCGGGAGGAGAUGACCUUCACCUUGGCAGAGAUGUCUGAGAAGCUGAGAAGUCCAGGAUUCAUUGGCUUUGCCAUAUGUGUGCUGGCCAGUGCCGCUGCCCUCAUCUUUGUGGUAGGACCUCGAUAUGACCACAAUAAUGUCCUGGUGUACGUUCUGAUCUGCUCCUCAAUUGGUUCCCUUUCCGUGUCCUGCGUCAAGGGUUUGGGCAUCUCCCUGAAGGAGCUAUUUUCAGGCAAGCCUGUCCUGAAGGAACCCCUUGGUUGGGUGCUGCUGUUUUGUCUGGUGAUUUGUAUGACCAUUCAGAUCAACUAUCUGAACCGGGCUUUGGACAUUUCCAAUACCUCGAUAGUAACUCCCAUCUAUUAUGUCCUUUUCACUACAGCUGUCAUGACCUGCUCUGCCAUUCUCUUUAAGGAAUGGCAAUAUAUGGCCCUAGACAGUGUCAUCGGCACAAUCAGUGGUUUCCUAACCGUAGUUUUUGGCAUUUUCCUCCUUCAUGCCUUUCGAGAUGUUCCUUUUUCUCCUGACCUGAUAUAUUUUUCUCUGGGGUCAAAUUCAGGUAAUUCCCAUGCUCCUCCCUGGAGGGAAAACGAAAGGCAAAAUCAGCCUCUUCUAGAUGGAGUUGACCCCAACAAAGAGUUCCAGAACAUUGAAGUUGAAAAUCUGUGAAUAAUCUUAGGCAGAACUGUAUCUGUUCCUGUUGGGUAAGGUGGCCUUUGUACUUUUACUUAAGAUCUGCCCAGGCCUCUGACAUCCAGCCAGACCAAAUCAGAUUAUAUUGUGGAGAGGAGCAAAUUAAUACCUAACUAGUAAGCAGUGGAACAGCGGAACCUUCCCAAGUGACUAAAGCCUCAUUCGCUUCACUUGUUGACAUGCUGAGGUAUUGUGAGAUGCAGUGCUGGAUGUGUAUGUACACCAGUGAAGUAUUUGUGAAAACAGCCAUCCGUCCCUCAUCACUAGUUCUUAGUCUUAUUUACUUGUUACAGUUUGAGAAUUCAAAUGGUUUGUGUUUAGUGAAUGCUAGUUUGUCUUAAAUGUUUUUAAAGGUGUUUUUGUGUCACUUUUAGUGCUAACUGAAUCCUGAGCAUCUUGAAGUUUGUAUCAAGGACUUGAGUAUAAUUACUAAUAACUGUUGGCUGCUACCACCUGCCUGGUAUAAGAGGAUUUGAUUCUAAAAACCAUGUUCCAGAGGUUAACACCCACCCCACCCCCAAGUUCAGUACCUAAGGUCCUGAAGGACAAAGAUUAUUUAGCUACACAGAAUGCCUGUUCCAGUCCUAGCUAACCCUGUUUUGUACUUAAAGAGCUGGGUCUGCCUGCUUCCUGUAAAUGAUAACAUUAAAGUACAGAGUUGCUUGUAAUGUAAAGUGUUGGAAACCAAGCAGCUUAAAGGACCCCGUGUGUUUUUGGCUUCGCUUGGAGCAGACUUCCUUUGUCUCUCACCACUUCCCUGAACUUCAGAAUUCAGUGGCAGCCUCCACAUGAGGACAAACAGCAGUUACAGGUAUUAUACUUCCUGUUUGUAGAUCAUCUUGGAGUUUGGAGUGCUCUUGUCUGGAAUAGUAGCAUGUACUGAGUCUAUAGGAGGCCCAUGGUGUGUUUGAAAGAGAUAACCAGUCACUAGAAUGUAAGCUCCUGGAGGGCAGGGGACAUUCUGCUUUUUAUUUUUCUAUCCAUAUUUGAUGCUUAAUAAAUGUUGAUUUUUGAUGGGCAAUAU